AUGAUUGUGCGAAAUUUUGACUUUGUUAGACCCGGCAUUGGCUUUCUUUCCAAACGGUUUGUAGUUAUACCCGCUGCUGGCAAAAAUGCCAGACGACGCAGAAACGUUCGCAAUACUAGGAAAGAUGUGUCUCUAGAUGAGCUGGAACUGGAUAACAAAAUGGAUUUGAAUGACCCUCGGGAACUGGAAUUCAAACUGCGACAGUUGCGCGAAUUCACUAAAAACUUGCAGGCUCAAAUUCGCGUGGCUGAUGGUGUGACUAAGAAAGAAGCCGCUCAACAAGAAAUGCAAGAUAAUGGACUCAGUGACGAGAAGGAGGCUCAAGAUACUGCUUCCUUGAUUUUAAGCGCUAACACCAGAGAUAUGAGAUCCACCCACGAUGAAGUAAAUCUUUCUAACUUCAUAUUAAGCGCCCCGGGCCAGGCCAAAAAGUUUUUACCUCAAGUGUUGCUUGAACGGAUUAAUGACAACGAGCUGGUGCUUAAGUCACUUAUCAACUACCGCCACAGGAACUGGAAUAUUCUUAUAUCCAAAUUGCAUGAUUGUCCCGAAAAACUACGCGGUGUUAGCAAACGGUCACUAAACACAUUUCUGCUGUCAAAAAUAAACCAUAUUUCGUUAGAAAGUGUCCAAAGGCUCGAUUUCAUGCUGACAGAUUAUGUAGACAACGACGACACGAAACUGACCACCGCGAUGUACGAGUGCCUGUUUUUGAAUCUGUCCAACAUAAAAACAGCUAAAAAUGCCACAACAGCAUCCAAAGUUCUAGCUCAUAUGGAAACUUUGUUGCAAAGAUUUGACAAAGCACAAAAUUCAGAGCCUGAGGGACAGGCCAUGGCGCAAAUGAAUCAGUUCAUACUAAAUUGCUGCACAAAAUUCGCUUCUCAAGUUGUGGAUAGUUCCAAAAUGAAUUAUUUCUUGACGAAGUUCAGAGAGGACUACAACAUUUUACCAAACCGAGAAAAUUACACUACAAUUGUCCAAUACUAUACCAAGUUGGGCCUCGGAAAGCAAGCCUGGGACGUUUUUGCCACUAUGAAGUUUUUAUCGGCGGCUCACAGACCAGACGCUAAAACUUAUGCGAGCAUGUUGGAACUGUGCGCCAAGGAAAAAAACUACGCUCGUGCCAUUGAUCUUUACAAUGAAAUGACCGAUCUGAAGAUUGAUCCUUCCACAGAGUCCUUGAACGCCCUUGCUAAAACCUUGGCUAUCACUAGCGGUGACCCAGUCUCAAGUGAAGGAAAGGGAGAGUCGCUGCGGCUGCUGGGAUGGAAGUACUUACAUCAAAACGACGAUCUUGUAAACUUGCGUGGCCGCAAUUUAGAGAGCACCAUUAUGACUAUGAUGACUCUUUGUGCCUAUGAUGGUGAUGUGGGACUUGCCAGAGCGCUGUAUUAUAAAUACAUCACGGCAAAAUUUGCUGAUAACUUGCACAGAUGGAAAGUAAAAUUUGGUGACACAAGAAACAUCGACUACAAGUAUAUUUGGAUGAAAUCACUCAAUCCUUUCCUCUUCAAUUACCUGAUGUUGGCAUACGCUAAUUUUCUGCCGAAUAAGCUGCCUUUGCUAAUGGGAUUCGACAAAGGUGCCAUUACAAGAAGAAACCUUAUCAAUAGCGUGGACUACGAACACAAGUUUGACCAGAGUGAAAAUGGGGUCUUGGGAAGGCUUCCAAUGCUACCAGUUUCACAUCUGAACUCAUCGACCCAGAUCCUUGCAGAAUCCCGUGCUGUAUGGCAAUUUAACUUAGAGUUUGGUGGAACAGUAGAUAUAAGAGCUUAUCCAGAACACGUUUCAAAAUCCAUUAAUCAACUACUAAGCUCAACGUCUUCCCUAGAAGGCUUCACAUUUGACAUGUUACGCCAAAUAGCAGAUUGGAAAUCCAAUUUAAUAAAUCAAAAUGUUUUGAACAUUAUAUCGUUGUCUUCUUACUUAACGAUACCGAUUAAACUUGGAGAUAAGACUGAGUUCUUACUUAGGUUUUCGGAAUUUUCCUACGAUCAGCAACAGUUGAAUGAUCAAAUUUCAAACGUCUUCACUCAAACGAAACGAGCCACACUACCUAGUUCCUUGGAGUUCUCACAGCAAGUUACUGGGGACUCAGAAGCAGUAGGAGUUGGUGGUUCCACAAAUGCCGCCAAGUUUUUGUAUUUCCUGAAACACAAAGUUUUGAGAAAUUCUGUACUGUAUGAAGUAGCCAUGAAAGCAGCGAUUAAGUUCAAGGAUGUGGAUUUGGCAAAGAAAACUUGGGAAAGUCGUGGCGCGUUUAGGAAAAGUAGCGCGUUCCAGAGGCUGGCACCAAAUGACAGGGCAGCGAAGGACCGCACGUUUGCUGCCCUGAUGGUUGAUUUUUUCACUUCGCAGGAAAUGUACACUGAUGCUAUGGGCAUAAUUAUGUCUUCGCAGAGACACAUCGACUGGUCAUAUUCGAUGGUGAAAAUGCUACACAAUAAAUUAUUAGAGAUCGAGGACGGCACCAGUAUUAGAAUCUUACUGGAGAUCGUUAAUAAGCGCACUAAACCUGGCUAUAAGGGGGCUAUUGGCUCAAACUAG